UCCCACAGCAAGCAUGUUUCGAAGUUUUGUUCGCGUUUAGAUUUUUAAUUUCAUCCUUCACAUGUGAAUUGUAUAUUUGUUCGCAAAAUGAUGCUGAAAACGGAGCGUAAAAGUGGAAAAUUGUUCAACAAAGCAGUGUUCAAGUUUUUCGACAAAUUUAUUAGCGAAGAUGAGGAAAUCCGCCUCAAGGGGGCCUCUGAAUUGGUGUCCUUCCUGACUAUUGCCAGCGAUGAAGAUGGAGAGGAUAAGCAUGAAAAAGAACGAGCUUACGCGCUCAAAAGAUUGAUCCGUGGUGUCGGUUCCAACAGCCACUCCUCGAGGGCGGGAUUUUUCACUGCACUCGUUGGAUACUUGGAACAAGUGAAAAAUACUGUGCUUUGUCCAACAAUCACCGAAAUAUUCACGCUGGUGAAGUCGGAAUUGUCCGAUACUGACAAAGGAGACGACGUUACCCAGCAGACCAAAUUGGAACUGAGGGUGGGAAAAGUUUCCGUAUGCGGGGCGAUUAUCAGUUCUGGGUUGAUAGAAAAUGCCUCUGACAUGGAGCUUCAAACAGUGUUGAAAACACUAAAGAAAGGAAUGUACAAGGUGGUAACGCCCCUGGCGAUUAUGUACCUCAGCGAACUUGUGCAAAAGAUCGAUAAUAAAAAGUUUACAAAAGUACUUUGGCCCGUAAUCGAGCCAGCAGUAAACAUUUCAAAGGAAGAGCAUUCAAUGGAUACCAUUUAUUUUUUGCUAACAGCUUCUUCGGUUCAUAAGAAGUCAGUAAACCAACAGUUUUUCGAAAAUAACUUUGGAGCGCCGCAUUUGAUUCACGUAAAGAAUUUUGAGUACUUAGCAAAUCUUCUAUGGGACAUUAAGGAUACCCUUACGAUAAACCAUCCGCUGUACGAUUUCCUAAUCGAUUAUCUAGUCAAGCAGAAUAAAGUUGGCGAAUUUUGGACCCAUGGCGUCGAUCCAAUUCUUCUGGAUGAAAAUAGUGUGCACAAAUUCAAGGAUAUAGUUGCCUUGCGACUACUGAUAACUAUGAUGAACAAAAUGCAGGACUGUUCACCCAUUCCGGAUCUGCUAAGUACAGCUCUACUGGAGAUGUUGAUGAAGAAAAUCAAAAAUUUCAGUCAGCUUAGUGAAGACGUUCGAGAUAUGUAUCAGGAAACAUUUGAAGCACUAAACCAGUGCUAUCCGAAAAUAACCGAAGAGAAUGUAAAACUUGCCAUCUUUGAAAGAUUGGUCACUCCACCAAGUAGUAUAUUGAUUGAAAAGUAUGCUUCUAACAAAAUUAUACAAAAUUUGUUAGCCACUAUGAGUGGAGAGAGCGUCAAAAAGGCCGCCACUAUCUUGAAGAAACUAAUUCUGGCGACCGACAAUACAGAAGUGUUGAACACCGAGAGAAUUCACGCUGCCCAAGCUCUUCAGAAGCUACUGUCGAAUCGACACACACUAGCAGACACCGAAUGGCGGACAAGCAUUGUAAAGUUCCUCCUAAACUUGGGUCUGUUUUAUUCAUCUGACGGAGAAAAGGUUCUAAAGAGUACCAAAAAUCAAGCUACAGCUAUAUCGGCGGAAUUGGUCCCGACAAUGAAAUCGCUUUUUUUCCACUGCUUAGAACAUCGACAUGCAAAAUUGGCAGAUGAAAAAUCCUUCCUGUUGUCGAUAGUUGAUCAUUUGCAAGACGUACUCCGAACCAUGGGAAGUAAGUGUCUGCGGGUGCAACUUAGCGAAGAGCAUCUUGAACACUGGAACCGUAUGUACAGCGUCGUUCACUCCAAGGACAAGAAAGACAAAAAGCUGAACAAUGUUUUCCACACACUACUGAUGUAUAUGGGCCUUCAUUUGUUCAGUGAUCCGGACCUGGCGAGUAAUUCUAUCGAUGAAUUAGAUAGCGUUAUGAAGCGAGUAAAAAGUAAAAAAACAAGUGUCAAGAUGCAAAUCAACCAAAAUGGGAAGAGUGACGAACCCGAAUGGAUUGAGGUGGUGAUCGAUUUGUUCCUGAACUUGAUGUCUCAAAACUCGCACCUCCUGAGAAAAGUUAUUGGGCACAUCUUUCCGCAUCUAUCGGGAGAAAUGACACUAACGGCUUUCAAUCAGAUUUUAUCGGUCAUCAAUCUUAAGGACAAGAGUAAUCCUCUGACUGCUGCUGAAGAAGAUGACGACGAAGAAAACGAUUUUCAGAAGGAUGAGGAUGAUGCCAUUAGCGGGGCAGAUGCUGAUGGAAACGAUUCAGAUGAUGCAGACGAGAAUACUGAAAGCGAAAAUGACGAGGAAGAGGAGCAAUUCUCUGGCGAUGAAGAAGACGAUAAAGUAACGGAUAAGAUGCGCAUGGCUAUUCAAACAGCCUUGGGAGGAGCCAAUCCUGAAACCGAUACCGAGUCGGUUGACUUGGACGCGAUGGGAGACGAAGAAGGUCGUAAGCUAGAUGAAGCAUUGGCAGCCGCAUUCAAAAUGUACAAACAGUCGAAAAAGACGAAACCGACGAAAGCAGAAGAACGAGUAGAGACAACAUUAACUCAUUUCCGGAUGCGAGUGUUCGACCUGAUCGAUGCCUACCUGAAACAUGGUCCAAAUAUGAUUAUCUGUCUGGAAUUGAUGUUGUACAUUUUCGAAAUGCUACCGAUAGCAAUAAAAGAAACGAAACACAAACAGAUUCUGGAAAGGUAUCGCCAGAUCUUCAAUAGUUUGGUGAAAAUAAAACAUUUCGACGUAGAUGUCAAGGAUGUCUCGGCCGAACAACUGCCCCAGAUCUUAACUGACCUGAUGGAGAAGGUAGCUAAAGGUUCGUCAUUCCCGGACAAGAAUCAAUAUAUUCUUAAGGCGUGCCAGUUCAUCGUCAUCUGUUCCCAGCUGAUCGAGAAAAACAACGCAAAUGGCAAAGAUACCAACAUAGAUAAGGUGUUCGGAAAGUAUUUGAACGAAUUUAUCAUCGAGCGAAAUCCAGCUCUUACGUUGAAUGUGUUCCAGGCACUGUUCCGUAUGAACUGGUCAGGCAAUUGGCGUUUAGCAAAAACACUAUCAGACAAUGGCCUAAAGAAGGAAACCAGAACCGUCCGGAAGACUCAAUCGCUUUUACUUCUACGUGAAUUUGUGAAAAAUCGAAGGUUCAUCAAUACAGAUUCUCAAACAGCUCAGAAAACAGUGAAAGCUGUUGUUGCAAAUUUGAGUGCAUACAUGGAGAAUGCGCAUAAGGCACUAACAAUAUCCCAAAAUGAGUUCAGUGAACUCGUCCAGUUUCUGGUAGAGCUGCAAAGCCUUGAGAAACAAAAUGCUGAUUUUAAGAGCAUUCCAUGGAAGCCAAUCGGCAAUGAUCUGCAAAAACUAAGAACGUUCAACUUGAACUCACAAAUUAUGAGCCACUAUGUACGACUGUGUAAACUGUUGCAAUUGGAACCGGUAAAAAAUACCCAAAAUGCGCAACAAAAUGGCAGUAAUGUGAAACCCAACGGCAAACCGGAAAACAGUCAUUCCGAUGAAGAAAAUGAAGAAGAAACCAGAGUGGAAAAGUCCAACGGCAGUGUGAAGCGGAAGAAAAGCAGCAACUCACUGAAGCAGAAGCGACUCAAGAAGGAAGAACGGCUGAGAGCUGCUUCGCAAGGUUUGGAAACCGUGUCUUUUAUAAAUGUUGAGUAAAGUUAAAUAAAUAGAUAGUAGGUAA